UACUGACAACUUCCUUGUUGAGGAACGCGCAGGAUUAGCUAGCGAGCUGUCGUGGUAAAAAAAAAAAUAAAAUAAAAAAAAAAACGCAAAAAGAAGAAGGCUAACUACAACAUCCAUCUCAAGUAACAAAAAUAUAGCUGAUUUUAUGCAUACUAUCAAACAGUUACAACAUGACUGAUAGUCCAGCAUUGCCAUCAGGUGAAGACCAGAAUUUAGAAAUACAGGGUUCUGUGACUGUUUGCAAUAUAGAAGCCGAGAGCCAAGAAGAAAAUGCCUUUGAUGACAAGCAUUUCUACUGUGAAACCUGCCAUAAACUGUAUUUAGAUCAGUGUGAUGUUCAUGGUCCACCGUUGUUCACCUAUGACUCUCCCACACCCAUGGGAGUUCCUCAGAGGGCUCUUCUCUCUCUUCCUCAAGGCUUAGUCAUAGGUAGAUCAACAACUCCUGGGGCUGGACUAGGUGUGUUUAACCAGGGACAAGUUGUACCACUUGGAAUGCAUUUUGGGCCUCUUGAUGGAGAGGUCACUAGCACAGAAAAGGCACUAGAAAGUGCUUAUUCAUGGAUGAUAUACAGAGGGAGUGACCAAUGUGAUUACAUUGAUACAGAGAGGGAUACUCAUUCUAAUUGGAUGAGGUAUGUAGUUUGUUCACGGAGUGAGAAUGAACAAAACCUGGUGGCAUUUCAGCAGGGUGGGCGCAUCCUGUUCCGCUGCUGCCGCUCCAUCUAUCCCGGGCAAGAACUGAAAGUGUGGUAUGCAGAGGAUUAUGCUCAAAGCCUCAGCACCACAUGGGAUAAAAUCUGGGAUAAGAAGUGCACACUAUUAGGCAGAAACAGUGAAGAAGCCUCACAGCUUUGUCUGUGUCCCUACUGUCAGUACUCCUUCCCAGCAGCUUUUUACCUACACAGACAUGUCAGGCGCUCACACCCAGAUGAGUACCCACACCUGCUGGAAACUCAAGCUCUUGAGGCUAGUGACCAGACCCCAGUUAUGAAUUUGGAUCAUUGUUUACUUGCAUCUGAUGCACCACCUCCAUCUCAAAUGCAGGAAUUGACAAAAUCCUUACAGAGCCAAUUUCCAGCUCUCAGUGGCCAGACAGAGCAGUUAAACCCAACUGAUCCACCACAUCCAAAUAGCAGCAAUUUGAUGAACAAUACAGACCAGAGUAAUGCCAGUGUUGUUGAGGUGUCAAGGAACAAAUGUGGUGAAUGUGGGAGAAUAUUUUUGCGGUCAUGCCACUUAAAAAGACAUCAACGCACAAUUCACUCAAAAGAGAAGCCUUAUUGCUGUAGCCAUUGCAGAAAAUGCUUUAGUCAGGCAACAGGGUUGAAGAGACACCAGCAGACGCACCAAGGUGAAAAAGAGAAAACAGGUACACAGCAAGUGGAAAAAGGGGAUGCUGUCUAUUCAUGUACUAAAUGCUCCUUUUCUUUCAUAACCAAACUCAACCUCUACAGACAUCUCAAAAGACAUCACCAUGGAGAAUAUCUGAAACUAGUUGAGAAUGAAUCUUUUAAUGCUGAGUCAGCAUUGCAACGUGAAAACUCAUCAGACAAACAUGAUCCUCCUUAUGAACCACCAGCCAAGCUUCGAAGAUCAUCUUUAAACACUAACAGGGCGGGGAAUCAAAAGAGGAAAGUACCAACGGGCCGUCCUCGAGGCAGACCACCGAAAAUAAAAAAAAAACACAUUCAGAAGCCAGUCAAAGACGCAGUUCAAGAGGAGAAUCAGAACAAGUUUCCAGAGGCUGACCAGACUGCUACUGAUGUUGAGAGUACAGCAGUUCCACAGUGGACUAAUGCAGGGAGCAAACAGCCACAGGAAAUGGCACAAGAGACCUCGCAUGUUUGCGGUGAGUGCCUCAGAACCUUCAGCCACCUCCAUCUUCUAAAAAGCCAUGAAUGCAUUCAGCAGGGUGAUGGACCUCAUGGCUGCUCUCGCUGCGAACUCUAUUUCAACAGACUGUGCAACCUGCGGCGACAUGAACGCACCAUUCAUGCCAAAGAGAGGCCUUACUGCUGCACACUGUGCCUUAAGUCCUUCACCCAGUCAUCUGGCCUGAAGCGCCAUCAGGAAAGCCACUCGCGCCACAGAGCCCAUCGCCAGAGCACAGCACUGGCCAAUGCCACAAUCUACCCCUGCAGCCACUGCCCCUUCUCCUUUACUGGUGAGCGUUACCUGUAUAAACAUAUCCGUCGCCACCACCCAGAGAUGACUACAAAGUACUUGAGCUUUAAUGAGGGUGAUAUGCCUUCCAAGGAACAUAGCUGCACUCAGUGCUCCAAGACGUUUCAGACAAUUAGGGGUUUCAAGAACCAUGCCUGUUUCAGACAAGGGGACCAGCUGUACCUGUGUCCAGACUGUGGUAAGGCCUUCAGCUGGUUCAACAGUUUAAAGCAGCACCAGCGCAUUCACACAGGAGUGAAACCUUAUGCAUGCUCACAGUGCGAUAAGAGUUUUGUGCACUCAGGUCAACUGAAUGUACAUAUGCGCACACACACUGGGGAGAAGCCAUUUCUGUGUGCUGAGUGUGGUGAGAGCUUUAGGCAGUCAGGUGACCUGAGACGGCAUGAGCAGAAGCAUUCAGGUGUGCGGCCAUGUCAGUGUCCUGAUUGUGGAAAAAGUUUUAGUCGACCACAGAGUCUCAGGGCCCACCAGCAGCUUCACAAGGGCACAAAAAUGUUCCCUUGCACGCAGUGUGGCAAAAGCUUUGCUCGCCGUUACCACCUUACACGUCAUCAUCAGAAAAUGCACUCUUGAUUACGUUAGCCAAAACCAUGACUCUUCUGAGUCCAUUUAUUCAUUCACAAAUGUAAUUUCUGUUAUGACUAAGUUUUCUAUUCUAUUCUACAUGGUUCCUUUUUAAAUUCAGCAUGUAGCCACAUGGACAUGCUAAUGAAAUGCCUAUUAAUUUCUGCAUUUAAUGGUUUGACUGGACUGGAAUGGAAAGGCCCAAUGGUUGUGUUGUCUAGUACAUAAAGGGAAAAUGACAAAUGUUGGCGCAAACUGAAACAUCAUUCAGAGAAUGACUGAUGUUAAUGAUAGCUAGCAAUACAUCUGAUGGGUAACAUGAUUGCAAAUGUGCAAAAGCUACACACACAUUUACUACAUGAAAGUUUGUUCACUUAGCAUAUUGAGCCUAGAGUAUAUUUUACAUACUUUAUGUCUAAAAUAAUAGUAUUAGAUCCUGGGCAAGUUAUCUAUCUCACCAGAUGUUCCAGCUCUGAAAAGAAAUUAAAUAAAGCCUUAAAGAUGAAAAUCUUAGUGAGUUGGAAGUAAAUAAUGUGAUCAUACUUAAUAAAAGUUUUUGUAAAUAAUAACACCUGGAAUUGUUGUGAUGGACAAAUUGCGCUUUGUGGUAAUUUUAAUAAAUACAUUCUAAAAUUUCGAUGCUUUGUGUAGCACUGUGGCUACACCUACAUCAAGUAACAACAGAAUUUACACAGUUUCAAACAACUUUUCUGAUGACUCAAACCUCCAGAUCAGUUUGUUUUCAGUGAGCUUCUUCACAAAACUGCUUUCAAAUUCUGUUUGCAAAUAUGCCACCAUUCAUCGUACAAUGGCUAUACUAGUACAGUAGGUCAAGGUGGUGUAGCUCUAAGGUCUAAGGUCUAAAAAAAUCUAAACUGAAUUUGUAAGUUAGGAAUAGAUAAAUUCAUAUAUGCAUCAUAUGUAUUCAGCAUGUACUUUUGUAGUUUACAAAAUCUCAACAUCAAAAGGAUUUUAUUAUAUAGUAGAUAGUACAAGCUUUCUAGCAUCUUGAUUUAUUUUGCCCUUAAAAAUAAAUUUAGGUUUUAAAAGCUUUAUUUUAUUUUUAACGUCUUAUUAGUGUAUGCAAUAUUGUACCAUGAAAAAUUGAUAAUAAAUGUUACCCGAAAUUGUUAAAUGUGAUUUUGAUCUUCAGAAUUUACUUCACAAUUUACUGUUAUCUGAAAGAUUUCUGAUUAUUUUAGACAUUUUAUAUUUACAUCGAUGAGCCAUAACAUUAAACUCACAGCCAGGUUUAACCAUAACAUUAAACCAACAGUCAGUUUUUUGAAGUUGAUGUGUGAAGCAGGAAAAAUGGCCAAGCAUCAGGGUCUGAUUAAGCCAAAUUGUGAUGGGUAAAUGACUGGAUUAGAGCAUCUUCAGAAUAGGUCAUGUCCAAAACAGCAGGUCAGGGUGUUCUCAAUAUGCAGUGGUUACUAUCUACCAAAAGUAGUCCAAGGAAGGACAACUGGUGAACGCCCAUCUAACUGAUCCCAAAGAAGAGCUUCAGUAUUUGCUGAUAAAGUUAAUGCUUGCUAUGAUAGAAAGGUGUCCGAACACUCUGCUUCACAGUUUUCUAUGUAUGGAGCUUUGUAGCUUCAGACUAGUCAGAGUGACCAGCCUGACCCUGUCCAGUGUCCAAAACACAUCCAUUGGGCAUGUGAGCAUCAGAAAAAGACCAUGGAUCGAUGGAAGAAGCCAACCUGGUCUGAUCAUUUGGAAGCCUGAGUGCGAGAUGCAAUAUGGGAUGAAGGUAAAGCCAAUAGAGGCAGUGUGAUGCUGUGAGCAAAGUUGUAAGUUCCCAAACUGAUACACCAUUUAUCUGGGCUUUAUACACAAAAAAUUACAUAUAUAAACAUCUGUCUAUUCUAUCCCUUCAAAUCCCUGGAGUGGUGAAAAUCACCUGGAUAUAUGCUACAACUUUGCAUGGAACUGACCCACCCGAGAAUUGAAUGACGAGCUGUUCAGAGAUCACACCUUUGCCACAUUUCUUUCUCUUUAACCAUCACUCUCCUAUCAUACUUUGAAUAAACAUGCUAUAUUACCACCAAAAUAUGUAUUAUUAACAUUUGGCAACGUUUAGCAAUAUUUUAGUAAAGUUUCGUGAAAAUAGUUGCAUGAAGCAAAGCAAAAUUUCUUCCAGAUUUACGAAUGUUUUUGAAACCUUGGUUUUCUUUACACUUGUAUAUGUUGAUAAAUGCCAAUCAUCUGUAAAUUACCAGACAUGUGCACAUGUGAGGAUAUGUGUCAUAAGCAGAUGAUGGCAUGCAGCAUUCAUGAAAUAUACCAUGUCAUUCACUUCUAGAACACUUAGUGUUACAAUAAAGUGUUGCACAACAUAAAGAAUAAAGAAGCUGCUAUGCCAAACUGAA